UGCCAGCAUCAGCAUGCCAGGCCCCCUGGGAGGAGGGGUUGAUGGGGCUGGAGUCCCACCCUUGGGGAGCCUUUCCCUGGAGAGCCCUUUGUCUCUGCUAACAUCCACCUCUCGGGCUCAGCGAGACCAGGGUGUCUGCCCUUCCUGCCCAGCCUUACCUGGCAACACCACAGCCUGGGCUCUGGUGGCUCUGAGACUAUUUUAAGUCCAGCUCUCAGCCCAUCCUCCCCGGAAGGCUUUGCUACUGGCCACCUGCCGCUGCCCGUCGGGCCUGGGCCUGGAAUGUUGACUGGCAGUUGGCCAGGGUGGGGGCUGGGGCGGACUGUUAUAAGCUGGUGGCACAGGGGCAGGCAGCUGCCCUCGUCCAGAGCCUGCCACCGUCCCCGCCACCGCAGCCAUGCCCACUCACCGCCUCGUGAUGGUCCGGCACGGCGAGAGCACCUGGAACCAGGAGAACCGCUUCUGCGGCUGGUUCGACGCGGAGCUCAGUGAGAAGGGGGCCCAGGAGGCCCGGAGGGGGGCGCAGGCCAUCAAGGAAGCCAAGAUGGAGUUCGACAUCUGCUACACGUCAGUGCUUAAGCGGGCCAUCCGCACCCUCUGGACCGUCCUGGACGGCACGGACCAGAUGUGGCUGCCCGUGGUGCGCACCUGGCGCCUCAACGAGCGGCACUACGGGGGCCUGACGGGCCUCAACAAGGCGGAGACGGCGGCCAAGCACGGGGAGGAGCAGGUGAAGAUCUGGCGGCGCUCUUUCGACAUCCCGCCACCCCCCAUGGACGAGAAGCACCCCUACUACAACGCCAUCAGCAAGGAGCGGCGGUACGCCGGCCUGAAGCCCGGGGAGCUGCCCACCUGCGAGAGCCUCAAGGACACCAUCGCCCGGGCCCUGCCCUUCUGGAACGAGGAGAUCGCCCCCCAGAUCAAGGCCGGCAAGAGAGUGCUCAUCGCAGCCCACGGGAACAGCCUGCGGGGCAUCGUCAAGCACCUGGAAGGGAUGUCCGACCAGGCCAUCAUGGAGCUGAACCUGCCCACGGGGAUCCCCAUCGUCUACGAGCUGGACCAGGCCCUGAAGCCCACCAAGCCCAUGCGGUUCCUGGGUGACGAGGAGACUGUCCGCCAGGCCAUGGCGGCCGUGGCCGCCCAGGGCAAGGCCAAGUGAUGAGUGGGCUACGGCAAUAAAGGCACCUCCCCCACCUGA